AGGAUUUUUCAUCUACUGCACAGCUUCUAUGUUUCUUGUCUUCUGCCUCAAAGCAGAAAAGAAGAAGGAAAAUAAGCUCCAAUUUCAGCAAAAGGUAUGGAUCUAGAACACGGGUUCUAUCGGCAUGUGGACGUCCCGGACCACGUUCACUACAUCGUUGCCUUCUUCGUCUUAGUGAUCGGAGCAGUGGGAGUUUCUGGGAAUGCCUUGGUCAUGUAUGCUUUUUCUUGCAACAAGAAACUCUGGACACCUCCCAACUUCUUCAUCAUGAACCUGGCCAUCAGCGACUUCAUGAUGGCCAUCACACAGUCGCCCAUCUUUUUUGUUAACUGCCUCAAUAAGGGGUGGAUUUUUGGGGAAACAGGCUGUAAAAUUUAUGCCUUCUGCGGGGCUUUAUUCGGAAUCGCCUCGAUGAUAAACCUGCUCGCCAUCUCCAUAGACCGGUACAUAGUAAUCACCAAGCCUUUGCAGUCCAUAGGGUGGACUUCGGCAAGACGUACUUGCCUCAUAAUUGCACUUGUGUGGUUCUAUUCACUUGCUUGGAGCCUUGCACCACUUUUGGGGUGGAGUUCCUACAUCCCCGAGGGCCUAAUGACCUCCUGCACAUGGGACUAUGUGACAUCUACUCCAGCCAAUAAAAGCUACACUUUGAUGUUGUGCUGCUUCGUAUUCUUUGUCCCUCUGGGCAUCAUAUCCUACUGUUACUUGUGCAUGUUCCUAGCAAUUCGUCAUGCAAGCAGAGAUGUUGAGAAGUUGGGGUCUCAGGUGAGAAAGUCAACUCUGAUCCAACAGCAGUCUAUCAGGACUGAGUGGAAGUUGGCAAAGAUUGCCUUUGUGGUGAUCAUAGUGUUUGUACUUUCCUGGUCACCCUAUGCGUGUGUCACUCUCAUCGCCUGGGCUGGAUAUGCACACAUUCUCAAUCCAUACUCUAAAGCUGUCCCUGCGGUUAUUGCGAAAGCAUCUGCCAUCUACAACCCUUUCAUCUAUGGAAUCACUCACUCCAGAUACAGGGACACCCUGGCAGAGAAGGUCCCCUGCCUGCACUUCCUGGCCCAUGCCCCUAAAAGAAACUGCAUAUCAGUGUCAAACAGCAAGUCCUCCGUAAGAGACUCUGUGCUUAGCCAUCAGUCAUCAGUCUCCAAAUCACAGUUUCAGAGAGUUUCCUCCAUGUCUACAACAGACACAGUUUGCAGUGAUGUGGAGCUGGAUUCCAUGGAUCAGAGUCAUUGUGCUAAAACAGAUUAUUCCCCUGCUGCUGCAAAGGUCAAAGAACGUCCAAGUCAGGAAAAGGCUGCUUUUCCUGAGAAAACGUCACAGAAAAAUCUUUCGCCAGUAAGUCACAUCAGUUUAUCAACAGAAUAGAUGUUGUUAACUUGGAGGAGGAGAACCUUGAAAGCUGAACAACACGGAGAAAGCGGGACGAUGAAUAAAGCAUUUCAAAGUGAAGAUGUUGAGGCACAGCAGCCUCAGAAAGAGAAAAACAAGGAUGAGUCACGGGUGCUAGAAACUUUGGACAAUCAAGUAUGUCUUUUCCCCCUGAGAAGUCAGAUCCAACUCAAUGAAAAGCCUUCAGUUAUAUAACAAGACAAUGUCACACAAAGCCUACAAGAAGAAUCUGAUAGUUUGUUUACAACCUCUGGACUGUUCUGCUCAGCAAAUAAAGACUGCAGCAUUUCUGGAGCACAAGUUUCGACACGACUUAUUCCAAAAAGAUUUGAUCCAUGUGUCCAGACGUUUAACUGAAGAGCAGCAAGUAAAACUCUCUUCACCAAAGACGCA